AUGUUGUCCACAACUGAUGUUAAGCCUGACUGUUACACCUUUCCUCCAGUGUUGAAAGUGUAUUCAAAACUUGGGUUAGAGUGGGAUGUGUUUGUAGCUGCCUCGUUGGUGCAUAUGUAUUGUCGUUUCCAAUGUUUGUGUGUUGCCUUAAGAAUUUUUAAGGACAUGCCUUAUCGAGAUAUAGGUUGUUGGAAUGUUAUGAUAUCCGGGUUUCAUCAGAAUGGAAAUGCUAUGGAGGCAUUGAGCUUGUUGGAUGAGAUGAGAUUAAAGGGUAUAAAAAUGAAUUUAGUGACUACUGCAACACUACUACUUAUAUGUGCACCGCUUGGUGAUACUGUACGUACGCGUAACAUAGCUAUGACAGUUGAAUGCUUUAGACAAGUGUUGGGUUCAAUAUUUGUUAAAAUUUGUGGAGGUGAUGAGGAGGUGGAGGAACUUGUUGAAGCUGUUGGAGGGUUGCCUGAUUGUCUUGUGAUUCUGAUAGAAGCCCUUGUUAGAUGUCGUAGUGAUUUGAGAGCUUCAGUUGUUAAUGGAGCACUGUAUUGGAUGCGCCUCGAUUUAAAAGAGAAGAGAAAUCAUCGUCCCAAUUCAUGUGGGGAUAAUGGAAUCAUUGUUUUUAGAAUGCAUAAUGAACAAUUCUCUGCUAAGCCUCUGUGA